AAUAGCGAUUUUUUGGUAGCAAUACGUUUUGACCCCUUGACACCUUGACCCCUAAUAAAAUAAGAUGACACCUUGACCCCUAGACACUUUGUCCCCUAUUGUCAAUUUUUUCAUAGUGACACUUUGACCCCUAAUUUAUUUUUUUUAUUUGCUUGGUUUAAGUGAAAAAUUUACAUGUUACAUGUCGAUGUGCAGUAUUUAUAGUUAGAUUUUAGUGUUUUUGUUGAAUAUUGACAGAGAUUCUGGCUCAAAUAUUUCACAUUAUUUUACUGUUUUGAAAGGAACAGACAUCAGAAAAUAAGACAAUUUUAAUCAAAUUAUUUGAAGAUUUUGACAUCACAAGACACAUCAAAGAAUAUGUAAAAAGGCGAUAAUGAUAUAAUGGUCUUACCAGUUCAGCUUUAUGAACCCAAAGAUUUGCCCAAAUUUCCAGGCCUCAGACCUGUCAAGGAAUGGAAAGCUUUUCAGCUGAAACAGUGUGAAGGAUUUAUUGUAAUACCAAAUCCAUUUGAGCCAAAAUACCAACGUUACUGGAUUGAGAGAUGCCUCCUAGACUUCCCAACAAAACCAAACAGGACCAAUCUAGAUGCUCACAUGGUACGACCAUCUCAGGUCUGGCAUCAUUGUGUGGAAGAUGACAGCCUAGACCUUAGAAAGGACAGUUUACUGAUGAAAUUAAGAUGGGCAACAUUGGGGUAUCAGUACGAAUGGAAUACUAAGGAAUACUUUGCAGACAGAGUUCAGGCAUUUCCAGAUGAUCUACGCCAUUUAUGUAGCUACAUUGCAGCAGCAUUAGGUUACAAUGCCUACUCCUCUGAGGCUGGUAUCGUGAACUACUAUCGCAUGGAGUCAACAUUGAUGGGACACACAGACGUUUCAGAGCUCGAUAAGGCUGCUCCCCUUAUUUCAUUCAGUUUUGGCCAGUCGUGUAUAUUUUUGAUUGGAGGCCCAACCAAGGAGACAGAGCCGGUUCCUUUAUUCCUGCACAGUGGUGACAUCUGUCUGAUGACAGGCAAAGCAAGGCUCAGUUAUCAUGCUGUACCUAGAAUUUUACCAGGGAAGAAAGAACGUUUAAAUUUGUGUUUCUAUGGAGACAGUAAAAGAAAUGGUGUUUCUAGUGGAGAUCAUAUGAAACCAGAUGAUACUGAUAAAGAACAUCAGGCAGAACUUGAUAGGAAAAAUGACCAGUUUUCUCAAGGAGAGGAUUCGGAAAUGGAAGAUGACCCAUAUGGUGGAGGAAUUGAUCAAAAGCCACCAUCUAUAAAUAUUAUCCAGUCAGAAAUGACUAAAUCUAGCCUUGAUGAGAAUGUAAUAGUGACUCCAACGGUAAAAGGAAGUAACUGUUCUGUGAAUGAACUUGCUGAUUUAAUGGAUUCAGUGAUAGAAAAAACAAAAUGGGAACCAUUUCACUUGUAUAUGGAAAGGUCAAGAAUAAAUGUCAAUGUGAGGCAAGUGUUAAAAGAUGGACUGUCUCUGGGUAUGAGCCCAGAAAAAAUAACACCGUGUCAAAGGUCAUGUCAGAAAACAUGAAGAGAGUGAAAUUUUAACUUCUUUCUUUACAUUACUUAGGUCUGCGGCUAUUAUAAUUUAGCUUAGGCCUAACAAAAAAAUGUUUGUUUCUGGUAGCAUGCUAAAAAAAAAUUAAGAGUAAAUAGGUCGGUAUUUUUUUUUUUUUUCAUUAAUUUUGUGUCCAAAAAUGAAUACAAAUAAGGGGGUUAUGCCUUUAGAGCAUCAGUAAGUUGAUUUCUAACAUCACUGACCAUGUUUAAAGCAUAAAAAUUGCAGUUUUGCAACUUUUUGUUAAAAAGUUGAAAUUUUUUUUUUCCAAAGCCAUAAAAACAUUCAGGGUCCAGCCAAAAAUUUAGGGUAGGUCGGGAUACCGGAAACAAUUUUUUUAAGCCUUACCAGAGACAAGGACAGCUGUUGUGAUCACUCAAAGUCCAUCCACAUUUUAUUCAAAAUAUAUCUCUCCUGAAAUGAUUUACAGGAAGUUGAUGAAAUGGUACAUGGACAAUCCUUGGAUUGGCUUCUUUCAAGUUGAAAUAUUUUAAUAGUUCCUGGUAGCUGUCAGUUCAAAAUUAGAAAAAAAGCACCAUCUGCUCCUUAACAAUUGGUCAGAUUUUAAAAUGAUUUCACAAAAAUGUUCCAUGGGUAACCUGCUAACAAAAUUAACGAUUUAUUCAUAUUCUUUGAAAAGCUUGGCUGCUAGAAGGGGGAUGAUACAUAGUCACUUCUCCAUAUGUGUAUUAAAGUGAGAACUUGUCAGAAAUUGCUGGUCCGAUUUCAAAAUAGUUUGCUAUGUCAAAAAAACUAGGCCACCAGAUGAUGGUUAAUAUGUAAAUAGAAGAAAAUUCAAAAACCUAUAUGUAAAUAGUAGAAACUUCAAAAAUUUUCUUUACUGAAACUGCUGGCCUGAUUUUGAAAUAUUUUCACAGAAAUAUUUCUCCAUUGACCCUCUACCAAGAAUAUAUAAAUCAUUCUGAUUUGAUAAAAAAAAAUGCUGUGAGAGGGCAUGGUCACUUUCCCUUUAUGCAUUUAGCAGAAACUUUAUAUACUACUAAUAUUGUUCAAAGUAUUUGUAAACAUACAUUUUUAGCUCACCUGUCACAAAGUGACAAGGUGAGCUUUUGUGAUCGCGCGGUGUCCGUCGUCCGUCCGUGCGUCCGUAAACUUUUGCUUGUGACCACUCUAAAGGUCACAUUUUUCAUGGGAUCUUUAUGAAAGUUGGUCAGAAUGUUCACCUUGAUGAUAUCUAGGUCAAGUUCGAAACUGGGUCACGUGCCUUCAAAAACUAGGUCAGUAGGUCUAAAAAUAGAAAAACCUUGUGACCUCUCUAGAGGCCAUAUAUUUCACAAGAUCUUCAUGAAAGUUGGUCAGAACGUUCACCUUGAUGAUAUCUAGGUCAAGUUCGAAACUGGGUCACGUGCGAUCAAAAACUAGGUCAGUAGGUCAAAUAAUAGAAAAACCUUGUGACCUCUCUAAAGGCCAUAUUUUUCAUGGGAUCUGUAUGAAAGUUGGUCUGAAUGUUCAUCUUGAUGAUAUCUAGGUCAAGUUCGAAACUGGGUCACGUGCGGUCAAAAACUAGGUCAGUAGGUCUAAAAAUAGAAAAACCUUGUGACCUUUCUAGAGGCCAUAUAUUUCACAAGAUCUUCAUGAAAAUUGGUCAGAACGUUCACCUUGAUGAUAUCUAGGUCAAGUUCGAAACUGGGUCACGUGCCGUCAAAAACUAGGUCAGUAGAUCAAAUAAUAGAAAAACCUUGUGACCUCUCUAGAGUCCAUAUAUUUCAUGAGAUCUUCAUGAAAGUUGGUCAGAACAUUCACCUUGAUGAUAUCUAGGUCAAGUUUGAAACUGGGUCACGUGCCGUCAAAAACUAGGUCAGUAGGUCAACUUAUAGAAAAACUUUGUGACCUCUCUAAAGGCAAUAUUUUUCAUGGGAUUUGCAUGAAAGUUUCUGUGAAUGUUCAUCUUGAUGAUAUCUAGGUCAAGUUCGAAACUGGGUCCCGUGCGGUCAAAAACUAGGUCAGUAGGUCUAAAAAUAGAAAAACCUUGUGACCUUCCUAGAGGCCAUAUAUUUCACAAGAUCUUCAUGAAAAUUGGUCAGAACGUUCACCUUGAUGAUAUCUAGGUUAAUUUCGAAACUGGGUCACGUGCCAUCAAAAACUAGGUCAGUAGGUCAAAUAAUAGAAAAACCUUGUGACCUCUCUGAAGGCCAUAUUUUCCAUGGGAUCUGUAUGAAAGUUGGUCUGAAUGUUCAUCUUGAUGAUAUCUAGGUCAAGUUCGAAACUGGGUCACGUGCGGUCAAAAACUAGGUCAGUAGGUCUAAAAAUAGAAAAACCUUGUGACCUCUUUUGAGGCCAUAUAUUUUACGAAAUCUUCAUGAAAAUUUGUCAGAAAAAACCUUGUGACCCCUCUAGAGGCCAUAUUUUCCAUGGGAUCUGUAUGAAAGUUGGUCUGAAUGUUCAUCUUGAUGAUGUCUAGGUCAAGUUUGAAAGUGGGUCACGUGCCAUCAAAAACUAGGUCAGUAGGUCAAAUAAUAGAAAAACCUUGUGACCUCUCUAAAGGCCAUAUUUUUCAGUGGAUCUUCAUGAAAGUUGGUCUGAAUGUUCAUCUUGAUGAUAUCUAGAUCAAGUUCGAAACAGGGUCAAGUGCGGUCAAAAACUACGUCAGUAGGUCUAAAAAUAGAAAAACCUUGUGACCUCUCUAGAGGCCAUACUUGUGAAUGGAUCUCCAUAAAAAUUGGUCAGAAUGUUCAUCUUGAUGAUAUCUAGGUCAAGUUCGAAAGUGGGUCACGUGCCUUCAAAAAGUAGGUCAGUAGGUCAAAUAAUGAAAAAACGUUGUGACCUCUCUAGAGGCCAUAUUUUUCAUGGGAUCUGUAUGAAAGUUGGUGUGAAUGUUUAUCUUGAUGAUAUCUAGGUCAAGUUUGAAACUGGGUCAACUGCGAUUAAAAACUAGGUCAGUAGGUCUUGAAAUAGAAAAACCUUGUGACCUCUCUAGAGGCCAUACCCUUGAAUGGAUCUUCAUGAAAAUUGGUCAGAAUGUUCACCUUGAUGAUAUCUAGGUCGAGUUUGAAACUGGGUCAUGUGCCUUAAAAAACUAAGUCAAUAGGUCAAAUAAUAGAAAAACCUUGUGACCUCUCUAGAGACCAUAUUUUUCAAUGGAUCUUCAUGAAAAUUGGUCAGAAUUUUUAUCUUGAUAAUAUCUAGGUCAAGUUCAAAACUGGGUCACAUGAGCUCAAAAACUAGGUCACUAUGUCAAAUAAUAGAAAAAACGACGUCAUACUCAAAACUGGAUUAUGUGGGAAGAGGUGAGCGAUUCAGGACCAUCAUGGUCCUCUUGUUGCUAAUGGGAGCAGCUAGUUACCAUAGAUAUUUAUUUAUAUGUGUUUAAGCUGUGAUACUCUGGUGAGAGAGGGCAAUUAUGUCUCCCUUGUUAGUUUUAGCUCACCUGUCACAAAGUGACAAGGUGAGCUUUUGUGAUCGCGCGUCAUCCGUCGUCUGUCCGUCCGUCCGUAAACUUUUGCUUGUAACCACUCUAGAGGUCACAUUUUUCAUGGGUCACGUGCGAUCAAAAACUAGGUCAGUAGGUCUAAAAAUAGAAAAACCUUGUGACCUCUCUAGAGGCCAUAUUUUUCAUAGGGUCUGUAUGAAAAUUGGUCUGAAUAUUCAUCUUGAUGAUAUCUAGGUCAAGUUCAAAACUGGGUCAACUGCGGUCAAAAACUAGGUCAGUAGGUCUACGUCGUCCGUGUGUCCGUGCGUGAACUUUUGCUUGUGACCACUCUAGUUUAAGAUCCAGCCUUGAAAUUUGGAUGACAUGUACAGUUUUGCACACCAAUCUUUAAACUUUCAGUGACCAUAAAUGUGACCUACUGAUCUACUUUCUAAUAUUUUAGCAUCAGAUUGCCAUUUGAAACAUGUGGUUCAAUAUACUCAUUUGAGCGAUUCAGGGUCAUCAUGACCCUCUUGUUUUAACUUUAGUUAAAACAGAAGUGUUUUUAGUAUAUGCUUUGUGGCUACAAAAAAUAAAUUCAGUUUAUACAAUAAA